AUUCUCACGAGUCGGAUUCUAUGUCAGUUACGUUUUUUGCAAUAAUAAUGAAGGUUUUCGUUAGUGUCUUGGUUCUUUUUGCUGUGGCAACCUAUUGCAAGGCUGGCUACAUUGGCAGCGGUUGGAAUGGAGGAGGGUGGUCAUCUGGAUUGGGAAGUUAUGGAGGAGGCGGUUAUGGAGGAGGCUAUGGGGGUGGUUGGAGAUCUGGCGGAUGGAACAGCGGAUAUGGUGGUGGAGUUAAAGUGAUCAAAGUAAUCGCACCUAGCAGUGGAUAUGGAAGUGGGUGGAACUCUGGGUACGGUGGUGGAUGGAAAUCAGGGGGAUAUGGAGGCGGGUACAGAAAUGGAUAUGGAGGUGGAUGGAACAAGGGUCAUGGUGGUGGAUGGAGCUCAGGGGGCUGGUGGUGAACGAUUAUAUUUCUACUCUGUGCUGUCCAUUGACGUCUAACAAUUAUUGUAUAUAUGCUGAAUUAUCCCCCAUUGGAAACCAAAUGUGAUAUAAAUAAAUUUUAUUCUGAUCUA